ACGUAAGCAAACAUGGCCGUUGACUGCAGUUGACUUUUGUUGCCAUGUGAAAUACAGCUGAAAUGGCAGAGGUUCAAACACCAACUAAUAAUUCGGGGGAAUCCGCUUUUAAGAAGAAAGACAAUGGACAACACUCCAAGAAGGCCAAAAGCAACUACUGUACACUGUGUCGCAUGAUCCAUUUGAAAGAUGAAGCACAAGAUCAUGUGCAUGGUAUGCUGCACCACAGAGAGCUGGAGACGGUGCUGGGCAAGAAUUCAUUUCAUGAAUGUCAGGCAUGUAACGCAUCCUCCAUGGGUCUAAAUGAGUAUGCUCAGCACAUCUCCACCCCUCGACACAAAGCCAAGUUGCACAGCUUAAAGAAAAGAAAAAAAAAGCCCCUACCUCUGUUUAAGACUCUGAGCAAUGAGGCCAUGAACUUGAUCCUGGAGAGAAACAAGGCCCUGAAAAAAGAGGAGAAGAAAGCAGGAAAAAAGAGGAGAAAGAAAGAGAAGCAGGAAUAUGAUCAGAAGCGUGCAGAAGUGCGAGCAGUGUUAAUGAAGAACAAACAAAUGAACAAUUGGAAACUGCAACAGGGAACCUUCCAGCAAGGAAGAACCCUUGCUGUUGUUCAAAACAAAGAGAAUAAAUUGUCCAGUGUGAAAAGGCUUCUUCACCAAGGAGAAUCAUCUCUGCCUAAUCAAAGCGGAAGAUUGUCUUGUUUGUCAGGAGAGCCGGGUCACACUCAACAUUGCGUUCCUGUUCACAAGUGCGCCCAAUCAGCUCAGCAGUGCUCCCAAAGAGACCAACAGAAUGACUAUUACAACAAGCCAUACGAUGGAGACUUCACCAGUGAUCACCUUCCUCAUAACGGAGCUAUCAUAUUUGGUAUUUGCCAGGGUGAGAGUGCAGUAUGUUCUCAUUCAGGAAAGGAAGCUUCAGCUCAACAUUCUCAGACAAACGAAUCCACAAACGCAGCUCCGAUACGGGACGUGGACGUCAGCGCGAUGCUGCGGCAGAUCAGACGCGCGCUGGGUGUGAGGGAGCCGUGUCGGGCCGAUCGUGAAGCUCGGAAACAGAGCAGUGAGACGGGGGGGCAAACUAAAGCUGGGAGACAGCAGCAGUUACGGUGCUCCUUCAGGAACAAAGCCAAGGAAACUCCCAUUCAUGUUGCCUCUGCUGCAGCUACAUCUAUGCAAUCUUCAUACGACAACAGCCCUGCUUCUUCCUCCACUGCUGGUGCUGGUCCCUCUAACAUUGCUCCUAUAUGGGAAAAUGUGUCAAAUGGAACAACUUUAGCCCGCAAGGUUCGAAUUGCCCGUGAUUCAGCCGCAGUUCAGGGAGGAAAAAUGCCUGUGCCUAAACCAACUAUAAAUAAUGUGUUUAGCUCAUCAGUACCUAAAGUCAAGUCAAACUGGAGGGAGAAGUAUGAGGACAGGAAGAGGAAGAAGCAGGAGAGAGACAAAGUCAGGCCCAGGUUUGGAAUUGAGCUUACGAAGCGUCAUUCUGAAAAAGAGAGUUCAACACGAGCAGAGGGAAUCGACAUGAGUCUGUCAGAGGGCUUUCACUGGGAGGAUUUCACAGACACUUGGACCGAACUACCUGAACCAGGCGUACACUGGACCGAACUACCUCCUCCACCCCAGAACACAAAGUAUUACGAGUCUUACACAGAGCCGCAGUCAGAGCCUCAGAGGCAGGAGCCAUCGGAGCAGCCUGACGCAGCACAGGAAGGCUGCAGCACUCGCACAGUCCAAGCUGUCCGUGUGAAGGUGGAGUUGGACGUAGCGUUCAUAGAUUUGAGUGCCGACAGUGAUACUAGCAAGAGGAAACACAAAAUGUGUGAUGGCUUGGCUGAGAACGAGCCAAGUGGGAAAAAAAAGAAAACAAAGUCAAACAAUGAGCAGGGCCAGAUGGACCAGCUGCUCGCUGUGUCUCUGAGGGAGGACGAGCUGAGCCACUCGUUGCAGAAUUUGGACGUGUCUCUCAUCCAAGCCCGCAACAUCCUGCAGGCCGCCUACGCUGAAGUCCAGAGACUCCUGCUACUGAGGCAGCAGUUCACUUUUGAGGUCAACCAUCUCAGAGCCCAGCGCAUUGGAAUCCUGCAAGGGAUGAAAGAAAUACACAAAGCAACAUCUAACGUAGAGAAAGCCCCCCUUUUACCUGCAGCCCCUUCUCCCACUGUGCAACCAAGACUCUCCCCUCUGCCUUCCUCCAGUGCCUUCCCCUCCGCCCCCCCGAGCCGGCAACCAUCGCCAACAAACACACCCCCUUCCAUUAGCCCGCUCGCCCUCCCAACCAUACCAGUAAUGCAAGACAUUUCCCAGCCAUCCACCUCUGGACAAGCCAUUCAAUUUGUCUCCUGUAACUCUGACACACAUCCUGUGAAGUCUCCUGUCUCCUUGUUACCUUCUGAUUUCCUCCCUCCACACUCAGCUUCUCCUCCAAUGGCUGUCCCCUCUUUCAAACAACCUGCAACAGAGUGCUCUACAUCAGCAAAUACAAAUCAUUUUCCGAAGUCAUCUCUCAGGCAGGAGAGCGUGAGGUUAGUGAGACAAGAAGAAGAAAAGGUAGAUGACAGUGACUCAGUGGAAGAGAUUGGAGAUGUUGUUUGCAUAGAACCUAUUAAAAAAAAACAGCCAGCCGCAGAAAAGCCCAUCUCCACUCCUGUACCAAAAAAAGAUCUAAAUACAUCCGUUGUAAUAGACAACGAUGGAGGGAACGAGAGCGACGCCUCUCUCAAACUGAUUGACCCCCCCGUCCCGGUGGUCAUUAAUAUCGAUGAAUCGGACUGUGAGGAAGUACAGAAUGUUCCCGUCCAGCCGGAGCCUCCUCAGAGCUCUGUCAGUGUGGAGGUCAGCUGUUCAGGCACACAGACGAUCCAGCAAAAUGAAGUUGAGAGAAAACGUCAGCCUACACUUAAAGUUGAAGAUGUAAAGAUUCCUUCAGAGUGCAUUGAAGUGUCCGAGGAUCAGGAGCCAUCAGUUGGAGUUUUUUCGAGCCACACCGGCCCCGUCCACGGCCUCCGUGUUCACGACGGCCGCUUGUACACGUGUUCAGGGGACAACACAGCGCGGGCCUACAGUCUCAUGACUAAGGAGUGCCAAGCAGUGUUUGAAGGUCACACCAACAAGGUCAACUGUCUGCUGGUGUCGUCGUCCCCUAACACUCUGGCUCGUCUCUACACCGGAUCCAGUGACCAGACCAUCCGCUGCUUCAGCAUAAAGACCACACGGUGUCUGGAGCAGGUCACGCUGUCAGACAGAGUGUUGUGUUUGCACUCUGCCUCCAACAUCCUGUAUGCUGGACUCGCUUGUGGAUCAGUGGCUAGCUUUGACUUAAAGACUCUGAAGAACUUGGAUGUGUUCGAGUGCCACGGCCCGCGCGGGGUCAGCUGUCUGGGCACGGCUCAGGAAGGCGCCCGCCGGGUGCUGCUGGUCGGCUCCUACGACAGCACCAUCAGCGUGCGGGACGCCAAGAACGGCCUGCUGCUGCGCACGCUGGACGGCCACACCAAAACUGUCCUCUGCAUGAAGGUGGUGAACGACCUGGUCUUCAGCGGCUCCAGUGACACAUCGGUUCAGGCUCACAACAUCCACACGGGUGAGUUGGUCCGAAUCUACAAAGGUCACAAUCAUGCCGUCACAUCGAUAAUCAUCCUGGGGAAAGUGAUGGUGACAGCCUCUCUGGAUAAGAUGGUCCGAAUUUAUGAGCUGCAGUCCCAUGACCGCUUGCAGGUGUACGGGGGUCACAGUGACAUGGUGAUGUGCAUGGCCGUACAUAAGAGUGUGAUCUACACGGGCUGUUAUGAUGGCUCCAUCCAAGCUGUGAAGCUCAACUUGAUGAAGAACUGCCGCUGCUGGUGGUAUAACUGCACUCUGAUCUUCGGCAUGGCGGAGCAUCUCUCUGAGCACCUCCUCAGAGAUCACAGCAACCCAAACCUGCAGGCGAUCAAGUGUCGCUGGAGAGGCUGCAGCUCGUUUUUUGGCACACAUAAGGCUGUUAGAGAGAAGCUUCCUGAACACAUGCAGAGCCACGUGGAGAAAGACAGUGAGGUGCAGCGUACAGAACCAGUGGAGUAGCGGUGGAGCUGAAGAGACUGAGCAUAUACGGUUGGAGUCCCAUACAUUACAGUACUUAGCUGAACCCUUGGUUUCAAAGUUCUUUUCAGGAUUUUGGGUUAAAUCUUUCUGUUAAAUUCAAAUGGGAGGUAAUGUUCUGUUAUUUCUCUAGCUAUAAAAGUACUGUUCGCAUCUCUUUGGUUUGGUGUGUACUCGGUGGUCUCUGUGACAGUCCGCUUGUCGUUGAUCCCUGAAUAAUGACAUUUAUUAUCAGUUAAUUGAGUGCUUCAUUACUGUUUUAUUUAUGUUUUUAUUUUUUAUAAACUGUGAAUUCAUGACUAUUUUAUACAGCUACCUUUCUCAGAAACAGAAAUGUCAUUAGUAGUACAAAGCUACAUUUGACAAAUAUUUGUAUGUAUAACUAUGCUGCAUUGGCUGAAACACCUCCGAGUAGCUUUACUACACAGCUUAUUGCGUGAACUGACUUCAAUAUUUAAUAUGGUGUGCGUCUGCUGAGGAACAGCCAAGCAGAAAUGUCAGGAAUUUUCUGAACCUGCACAACUCACACUAAUGUACACAUUAAAUCCUGCUAUUUGAAAAGAUGAUUCUAUUGAUCUAGUGUUGCGCUGCUAUCACAUUAUUACACUCACGUUGGACAGAAGAAAAAAAGGGUAAAAAUUGAUGCAGCAGAACCGGGGAUAUUGUCUUUAUUCCAUGCAUUCAGCUUCCUUGUUAAGAUCAGCAACCUGCAAUACCCACAAUGCAACUCGACCCCCAACAGUUGUUUUUUACAAUCACGUAAUAUACAGUUGUUCUCCCGAAUACCCGUAAACCGUCUGUGACAUGUGUUGCUUUCCGCUUUAAAGGUGUCUGAAAUGCUUUAUAAUUCCACGACGCAACAACAACUUGAUACGAGUCAGGGCUCAAAGGUCGACAGGAGGAUUUUAUAAUUAUCAAAUGAUAGAUGGUUUAUAACAUUGACCUUACAUUUACACCAUCAUAGUUUGAAUGAUCUGAGAAAUCUAAAUUCCACAUCAAAUCCGGAUAUGAUUCGCAAUCAAACAUCUGAUUUGUGAAAAAGAUGUCGCAAAAAGUAGAUGAAGUCAUGAACAUCAGCUCCACGUGUCAGCGCUCAGGAAGGUCACUUAAGAAUACAUGGUCAUUUUAAAAUCCCUUCUAAAGUUUUUCAAAACCUACAUAGACGUUUGUGGAGAGUUUGAGAAACCUAGGGCUAAUAUUUAGCAACCUGAUACACUGUAUUAGCGAUAAUACAAUUUGAUAUGAAUCAUGAAGUUAUUUUCCUGUAACAAUUUCUCCAUAAUGACUUCCUGACUGUUGUCUUAUGCUUCAUUACAUAUAUAAACCAUCUAUCAUUUGAUCACUUUUACAUUGUUACAUUUCAGAGAUGAACAGUAGGCAUCGUACUUGUCCCCUGUAUCCCUUCAUAUGUUUGAGAACUUUUGUUUUUGGCAAAGGAAGAAGUGGUGGUGAAAGUUGUAAGACCAAACUGUCCAGAGAGUAACUUCUAAGAAAUCCGUUUUAAAUUCAUGCCUUCAUUUUUACAUGUUAUACUGGACAGUGUGUAUUUGAUUUGUGUUUCAUACACAUGUGUGUACAGCAAUAAAACAUACAAAUAUAAUCUAGAAAA